AUGUCCAGCUCUGAAAUAGAAUCACUCAAAGAGAAUAUUAUCAGUCCAGAAGCUAAAAAAACGACUUCUACUGUAUUGACUGAUACUCCCAUAAUUGAAGAGAAGCAAGAAAUAUUGAGGUUAAAAUUAGAGAAAAAAUCUGAAAAGCGACAAAGAGUUAAGAAGGCCAAGGAAGUGAAGAGAAAUUUAUUCGCGCCCAAAAAUGACAGCUCAAGCGAGAGUGACAUAUCAGUGAAUGAAAUGUGUGAUGAUGAUUCAGAUGCGGAUAUCUCCGACGAAUUUUUGGAGGACCCAAAUGAGAACCUUAACAUAUCUGAUUUCAUAAUCGUUCAGUAG